CUUAUUAAAAUCUGCUGCGUCGUCCGUCGUCGUCUUCUUCCUCCUCUUCUUUUUCUUCCUGUGGUACUUGUAAGCGUCAUGGGUGUGCGAGAUUUGCGCUUGUUUCUAUUAUUUGCGCUACCCUUGGCCUUCGCCGGCUUAUUCUUUGGCGGCGUUUAUUCGUACAACCGCCCGCCUGUGUGCAAGAUUCUCUCUGAUCAUGUUCCUCACUCGUAUGGAGAUGAUCAUAAUCCUGUUUCCCCUCAACAGGUGCACAUAUCUUUGGUUGGCGAGGACAAAAUGAGGAUUUCAUGGAUUACCAAAAUCUCCACCCCGGCAACAAUAGAAUAUGAGAAGAAGAAAGCCCCUUGUAUUGAUGGGUUCUUGGAGAUAUCUGAUAAUAUGUUGGGUAGAGGGGGUUCUGAGAAAUUGGAGGGUUUUUCAGAGAAUGGAGUUGAUAGUUUAGGCAGUGCUUCAUCCAUCUUCCCUGUUUCAGAAACACCAUGUUCUAUACCUCAUGGGCAACUGCACAGUAGAAGCCCUCAACUUCUGUGUGGAAGGGUCUGGACAGAAGUUCUUGGUCCUUGCCCAUGGCUUCGGCACCGACCAAUCUGUCUGGAAAGGCAUUCUCCCCUCCUUCGACCCUUACUACCGCGUCAUUCUCUAUGACAGAGACGGAAUAGCUGCUGUGGGCACAACGAUCCACUCCAACGAUAUCGAGAAUAUUCAGCAAGUCGUCAACGUAGGAAUCGAGAGUGGUGUAGCGUUGAAAAUCGAAGUAAUCUCGUGUAGUAAUCUUCAUAGUUUUAAUGUGUGUAAGGCCGAGCUGUCAUGUUCUCAUUUUUUGGCUGUUAAAGGGCUGAAAUCAGCCCGGCCGCUCCAAAGCGGUUCUGCCUUCUUUAAAAUGCAUUCGCUUCCAAAUGCACAGAGUAUUACUGUUUUCGCCUCGAAGCCAUCCAUCCACGUUGCCCAUUUCUUUUCUAAUGCUGAAGUUGGUGGCCCCGGUACUAUUGGGCCUGAAAGAAUCACGGGCUUUCUAAUUUGUGCUUCCAGAUAGUCACAGUAAAUCCCUUCCAUCUCCCUGCAGGCUUUGAAAACGAGAGCAUCGCAAUCUGUGUAAGAGAUCAUUAGGCGUUCCACGAAUGAUAUGCCUCCUUGGCCAUCUUUCUUCACCGUUACAAGGGUUAGUGCUUCUCGGGAUUCAUGGGCACUUAGCUUUAUCGAAGAAGGUGGGAAACUCGGCGGAGGUGCUUUAAGAUUGACCUCUGUUAAGUGUUUCUCAAUGAGUUUCCUUUCUGGGCUAAUCAAAUACCCCACGGCUGGAGGGCCAACAACUGAAAGACAUAUAGCCUUGAUGCGUAGGCGGCGAGCCAAGGAUGGUAACCAGUGAGCCAAAUCGUAAAAUACGAAAUGGGGCCUGAUGUCACCCAGAGAGGAUUCAAUUGUGGGUUCAGUGAGGUCGAAGGCAGUGAAGAGGAGGGAAACCAAUGAGCGAGGAAUAGCUGCCGUUAUUUCAGUACCAGAAGGGAGGCCAUCUACGUGCGGAACUGUGAUUGGGAUGAAAGAUAUGAGGUCUUUGUGCAGAUUAAGAGGCUCCAGCUUAGUCUGAGUUUUGGUUGGCAAGAAGAAAGAGAUUUUGCGGCCUCUCUCAGCAAGUUUGUUGGCGGUGUGCAUGAACUAGUUCAGGUGGCCUACGGCGAGCCAUGGGUACAUGGCUAUGUGAAGGGGGGCCUCGGAGCUCAUAUUUGCUGCAAAACCCACAAAUUAAAUACAAGUUCAAGAAUCACGAACAGAAACUGUUAAAAAGUGCUUGAUCCUGAAAAGAAGAAGCUGGGAGCAGACCGUAUACCUCCGAUCACAAACAACUUCAGAAAUUUUUUGGACGAUAAAAUAAUAAAAAUAUCAGGUACGUAGUUUUAUAUUAAAUACAUUUCAUCGACUCCAUUUGAUAUGAAAGUAUCCUGGGCGCUAUAGAACUGUCUCGUCACUUCCGAGGGAAUACUGUCGGUGAUGGGCUUUUCUUGCAUCCGUUCCGCUUCGGUCCGGCGGAGGGAACCUCCGUAUAGAGACAAAUGUGGCGAUCGAAUGGCAUGAGGUGAAACGUGGGGCACCUUUUGACAACGAAGCCUUUACAAAGGAUGAUGAUUACGGUAUCUUCAAUGGCUGCCAUAAUGGUUGUGAAAUUUCGACACCUACGGAGUCAGCGACAGUAGCUAUUCCCUUGCAUCUGUUCCGCUUGGGUCCAGUGAAGGCUCGAAUUCCUUGUAAAGACAAAAGUGGGUUCCCCACCACCUUGAGCGAAUCUACAGCAUGAAAAACCUUCAUGCUGUGAAACGUGGACAAGACAAUGAAUUUUGCUAUUUAUAAAUUUUAUACAUCAUACAUUAUAUAA